AUGACAACGACACGACUACGUCAUCAUCAUCAUCAUCAUUUCUGGUCGUUGUUCGUCACCAGUCUCAUUUGCCUGCUAAUAUCGAAUGUUGAUGCUCGUCGAAAUCAACGACAACAACAGCCCAGGAUUGUGGGCGGUACCAAUGCCAAGCCCGAUGAAUUUCCCUACUUUGUGCAAAUGGGCAAAUGCGGUGGCGUCCUGAUUGCACCCGGCAUUGUGCUAUCCGCCGCCCAUUGCAUGGAAAUUUUUCGGAUUGGCGUCUACGUGACGCUGAAUCCCCACGGCGUCAAGGAUCUGUCCUCGAAACGCUUGAAGAUUGUGGACCGAUAUUUUCAUCCCUGGUAUUGGGACGAAUGGGCGAGUUAUGAUUUUAUAUUGUUGCGAUUGGAGGAACCCCUUUAUUACAAUGAUGAUUCCUUAUUCUUAUCGACUGAAACCACCACCACCACAACCACCACCACCACAAUCACGAAAAAUUCCAAUACCAACACUGACAUUGAUUUCUCGGUCAAUCUGGACGAUGCCUUUCCACCUGACAAUGUUACAUUAACGACCAUUGGGUUUGGUACCCUGAAAUCGGGCAGCAAUCGAUUUCCGGACAUUUUGCAAAAGGUGGACUUGACCAGCAUGAAUUUGGACGAUUGCAAUGCGACCUUGGAAGGUGAAUUGUUGGACGAUUCGUUUUUGUGUGCGGGGACCUAUGAGGGUGGAAGAGAUUCUUGUCAAGGCGACUCGGGUGGUCCAUUGCUUUAUGUACGAGGCAAUGUCCAUAUUUUGGUAGCCUUGGUAUCUUGGGGAGAAGGAUGUGGUGAUGCUGGCAUUCCAGGAGCCUAUGCUCGUGUCAGCAAAGCCAUGCCUUGGAUUGAAAAGGUAGUCUGCGAUUGCUGGAAUGUCCAAGGAGCACCCUUUUGUUCGCAAUCAAUUGUAGCCGCCGACCAGCGACAAUCAUUGAACAAUAACAGCAACAACAGCAACAGCAACAACAGCAACAGCAACAGCAGCAACAACAAGAAGAAUGAGACGACGACGCUACCACCAAAAGAAGGAGGAGGAGGAGAAGCAGAAGAAUUUGAGUGUCCACUCUACAUUGAUCCCAAUUGUCAAGACACUCCUGGCUAUGUCGAUUAUGUGGGAGACGUUUGCGCCUGGCACGAAGUCGAAGAGAAUCCAGGAUGCAUCUGGUAUGGAGAAUCUCCCGGUGGACCUGGAUUUGAAGAUUCCAAUGCCCAAGGCGAAUGUUGUUGGUGUGGUGGAGGCAGUAUUAUUGUUGACAAACCAAAAUCACCUCCAAUCAAAUUUGAACGACAUCCGGAAUGCAUUGACCUAAAAGAUUGGAACGAUCUAUAUGGCGACGAUUGUGCUUGGUUCGAAGCCAAUACGGACGAGGGGACUUGCAGUGGGUGGGGAACCAUUCGAGGAGGCGCUGGAAUGCGGGACAUUACACCUGACGAGGCAUGUUGUCAUUGUGGAGGAGGUAUCUUUCCCACGCCCGCUCCUACCUCACCCGCGCCAACGAUCUAUGUCGCACCAACGGAAUCCAUAGCACCAACGCAGACGCCAGUACCAUCCUUGGAAGUUGUCUAUGUCGAAAAUCCAACACAACAGCCGACGACUGCGACGUCACCACCAGCAAAAGACUCUCAAGCACCAGAACUGAAGGAUGAUGGAUUGAGUGACUCGUCAUCAGCGACUAGUAGUAGUAUGAGGAGGAGGAGGAUGAUGAUGGUAGUAUCGUCCACCAUGAGCAUGAUGAUGAUGAUACCAAUGGUGAUAAUAGCUAUAAUAAUAUAG